AUGACGCGUUCUCUGGACCUCGCCGGCAGCAGUGAGUACCACAGAGCGUUGCUGAAUGCAAGGCCGGAAGAUGCGGCGGCAAUUGCAGACAUGGAUGUGGUGGUUAAACGGGCACUCGCCCACGCCCUUCACGACAAGCUUGCUUAUUUGGAGGCCUUGCCUUACAAGCUCGCGGGUGCUUUUGGUGAGUACUGUGGCUCUUCCUUGCAGAGAGCCAAGAAGUGUGUGCGGGAAUGUCUGCAAGAGUUCGAAGAGGCUGGCCGGGCAGAACUGCACCCCACCACAUUGGAGUUGUUGACGGGAAGAAGCCCAGUGGGGCAACAGCUACGUGCUUUUGCGAAGGACCCCGAGCGGUCACUCCACAAGUACCCCGAUGCUUUUGUGGCCAUCCAGGAAUUGAGCCUGGUGCCACUGGUCGAGCGACGAAUCGAGGGGGAGCACGCGCAGGUUAAGCUUGCGGCCCAGCGUGGCUUCAGAUGGGCCGGGCCGGCCAUGGUUUGUGCGCGGAAGCGCAGACAUCAGGUGCUGGCUAUGCUGGAGAAUCCCUCGCUGCUGCAAUGGGUCUGUCAAAACUGGAGGUCCCGGGACAUUUUCCAGAGAGUUCUGGCCCACAAGUGCCUGCCGACAACGGUCAAUCUCAUGGGCCGGUCCGAGAGAUAUGCUCGCGUGUAUGGGUACGCGGUGGAUGACCACUUCAGAGAUGUUGAGAAGAUGCAGCAGGCAGCCCGCGGCCGGGCUGCCGAGCUGAAGGCUUUACACCCUCCUCCGCAAGCAGCCUCCCACGACAGCAAGCAGAUUGUAGGGUUCUUGAAGGCGCAUCUGCGCCCAGGCAGCAUCUGCAGCAUGCCUGCAGCCAUGCUGCGAGCAUGUGACCCUGGCCGUGGCCCUCACCCACAGCUCUGCGCGCUUAGCACAGCAGACAUCGCCCGAGCCUUCUCUGCCGACCAGGGGGAGCUCUCGGUCCGUGAUUGCCGGGAUCAUUUGUUCUUCUCUGUCGUGGACCCGAGACCAGAGGACAAAUUUCAGAUGCAGGCCUCAGCCGCAGCGAGUCGGCCCAGGACACAGUUGAGCGUUGACAUGCUGCCGUGGACCGAGUGGGCCUCUGACAAUUCCAUGUGUGCUUCCACUCGCACCGCUCGCGCUGAACCGAAGACAUUGGACGCGGCUGCGUUCUGCACUCCCGAUUCCUUCGUGGACGUGGCGAACCAAUGUUUGGUGUGGCAGUGUCUGCCAGUGGGUCUGCAUGUGGAGCUUCCUGCUCUGGAAGCUGCAGUAACAGAUGCCCCGCUUCCACUUCCCUUCUUCGUGGACGACGAGGACAUGUUGCAGGAUCUGCUGAAUGCGGAGCCCUCUUCAUCCUCCAGGCAGAGGAAUACAGACGAGGAUGCCAUUGUGCCUCGGGCUGAGGCGCAGGUGUCGGUGUCCUGCGCAAAGCCAUUGAACAGAGAUGAAAAGGCUCUUCUGGCAGCUUUGCUGGAGCAAGGGGCCGUGGGAGACCACGGCUGUGAUGCAUUGUCGCUGCACACAUACAAUGCCCAGGCUGCAGGGGCCCUGCGUGAAGCCGGUUACGUGAGCACGUGGGAGGGUGAUUUUGGGGAACUGGUGCUUGCGGUGACUGAGACGGGGCGUGUCUCGCCACAAUUGGAUCUGAGUAGCCCCUUGCGUUUGCGAGACAUGCCCAGCGAAGGUCACUCUGGGUUCCGAACAGGCCAGUGCAAGCUGGAAUGGCUGCGACUGCUGCUGCAACACCAGUGGCAGUAUGACGAGCAGUGUCCAGAGUGGCAUGACAAAGACGCAGCUCUGCUGCUGCCCCAGAAUGCCUUGAGCCGGCCAGAGGCAUAUCUAAAAUGCAUGCUGUGCCUCAGUGUGGUCUGGAACAAGCCAGGAGCACCUGCAAGGAUUCUACAUCAGGCCCCCGAGCUUUACUACAAGUACUUGCUGCACGAGCCCGACCUCAGUUUUUUGCAAGAGUGGGGCAAAGCAGACGUCAUGGGCUGUAGCACAAAUCGCCGACAGGGCCGGCAGCCGAAGAAGCGUGCAAAGGCAGGUGUCGGGGCCCUGACAGCUGCGGCUGCCUUGGCAGAUAAGGAAGACUCGGACAGUGAUGAUGCCGGCCCGUUGCGAGGCCGCAGAGGGCUUCGGGAGGAGGCAGCGCUGCCUCUCCCGGACCGGCUGGUGCCCCCGCCGGUGCGUAGCCAGGUGCCUGGCGUGGACGUCACAAUCUACUUUGACAACUAUACGCACUCCAGUGGCAAUCUUCGUGCGUUUGUGGAGUGCAAGCGGCAUAAGAAGUGCCGCUUGUACGUGUUCGUGAAUAAGCACGAAAGUAGAUCGCAUGCUGUCGCGUAUUUGUUGGCGUGGCACCAGCUUGGAAGUCGUUUCGCUUCCGCUGCAACUCACAUCGCUGAGAAGCCAAGCGGUGUUGAGGUCCACGCGCAUCACUGGGCGCAGCUCCGCAACAUUUCGGCCCGUGCUGUGCUUGCCUCCGUGCGUCGCCCGGGACGCGGCUUGCCGCCUUCCCACGACAACCAGCAUAGCGGCCGCGGAACUACCCGCUUGCCCCGGCUGGUCCUCGCCUGCCGCGCUCGCCCUUGUGCAGCGCUUGCCGCGAGAAAUCGCCUUCCGAGAUCCGAGAUGCCCGCGCCCAAGGCCGUGCCAGCACCGGCAACCCCGCCGGGAACCCAGCUGCUGGCCGAGGAUGCGACCGGGGCAGCACCAGCAACCCCGCUGCCAGAGGCGCCGCAGGUGCCAGAGACAGAGCUGCUGGCCGAGCUGGCAAACGCAGCGGCUCCGGCCGAAAAGACAGAGGCUCCUACUGCGGAUGUGGCUUCUGAGUCUUCGGAGCAGAUUGAGCCAGCGCCCACGACACCGGCACUAAGUGAGCCUCGAGAGGGUGAGACGGAGAAAAAGGAAGCCGCUGUCCCGGAGAACAAGGGCGGGGACGGAGAGCGCAGCCCAAGCAAAAGUCCCUGCACGCGGAGGGCAGCCGAGGUGCUUCCCGAGGAAUCAUCCUCCAGCCCCGAAAUGGAGCUCGUCGUCACAGAAGACGCGGCCCAGGCCAUGGCAGCCGAGGAGAGGGCGCGAAAUCUCAAGAAGACGCUGGCCGAGAAGAAAAAGGAGGCAGAGCACCGGGGCGAAGACGGCCAGGACGAGACCGACACCAAGGACGACCAGGCCCAGGGCUCCGAAGGUCACAAGCAGCGGCCUGCCCACCCUGCGGUUCCACCAAAGGGGCCGCCGCCGAAGCCAAGGGUGCAGAACAACACGAACACGGGGCAGGACCCGAAGGAGUCCCAGGACUUUGUGGAAUGCAAGUUCUGCUGGAAAAAGGUGUCGCGGUGGGGCUUGGAAAACCACCAAGCUUCCAGCAACCAUUGCAAAUGGUACCAGGACCGUGCCGGGGCCAAGCCGGAGCCGCAGCGGCGCAGCCAGUACACGUGCGACGUCUGCGAGAAGGAUUUAGGCGACGAGCGGGCGCUGCAUCAGCACAAGAAGAGCGUGCACGGCAUCGCCUAUGAUCAUCGGAAGCGCAGCAGCCAGCCCAGCAACCUGCGCCUGCAAUCAGUUGCUGGAAGCCGCCGCCGACGCCGCUUGGACUCCCGAAGCUCCUCCAGGCCUCGCUCGAGCAAGUCGGCUCGGGGACACCGGGGAAAGUCCGAGGCCCCAGAGAAGUCGAUGUCUUCCAAGCAGCUGGCGGCAUCUUUCAUGGACAAGGCAUUCACCUUGAUCCAGGAGGCUCGGAAGAAGAGCCGCAGCCGCUCGCGAGGGCGCUCCGGAGACCGCCGCCGCGGCGUGCCGCUUGCCUGCCUGCAACAGCCCGGCCGCGGUGCGCUGGGGCCACGUGCUACGAUACUUGGUCGGCCGUUGCGAACUCUGGAGCCGUGUGUGGGUGUGGGCGGUUUUCGCGAGUGGGCACAGCAGAGCAGAAGCCCGUACGAUGGCUCAGGGGCCUACGACACAGAUCCGGCCUUGCAAGCGUUCUACACACGACUGGCUGACAAGAACGCGAAGGUGCUGGGCGUCAACAUCGGGAAAGCUGAUGGGGAUGUCCUGCGAGUCAACCCAAAAGAACUUCCGGACUCGGAAAUACUUGUGAGCGGGCCACCUUGUCAACCUUGGGCAGGAACGGGCCUGAGGCAAGGGGACAUGGACGAAAGAUCAGAAGUGUAUGGCGCUGUGAUAACGUGGAUCUUGGAGAUGGCCGGUCGGGGUUGUUUGGUGCUGUUCCUGGUCGAAAAUUCACCCAACCUGUUGAGAACAACUUUCUUUCGGCAGCUCGUACAGGAGCUAGAAGUGGCGCUGCCACAUUUUGCCUUGGACGUGAGUGUGCAUGAUUGCCACACACUGCUGCCAAUGAGACGGGAACGCCUGUACUUGCGAGGGCUGCGACGGGACUGCCUCCCAGUGGCUGGGACAGUGCCCAGGCCUCUGGGGAUGCUUGACAUGCCUCACCCGAUUUGCCUCUUCGAGAUGCUCUGCGAGGGAGAGCCCAAUACUGAUCCCAGCAGCAUGACCGAGAAGCGGCGGCAGAAUUUGAAGAGGUACGAGGAGAUGGUCAAGAAGGACCUGCUCCGAGGACAUGCUGGCUGCGUCGCCUGUCUGGAGCUGGACAGGGAUCCGGACAAAGAGUUCAUGGGUCGGGUGACCUACGAUGCCAUUCCCAGCUUGAGAACCUCAGGGCCAGCGAUCUUUAUGUUCACCACAGACGACAUGCAUCUGAACUGGCAGCAGCAGUUCCUCCACCGGUAUUUGACAGACGAGGAGCGGUUUGUUUUCCAGGGCCACCGUGCCACAUAUCACGAUUACUUCAGCACCCUCACGGCCAGCCGACAAGCCGCAGGCAACGCAUAUUGCACACUGCAGUUGGCUGCAAUGCUGCAACCCAUGCUGAUGCGUGCAGUGGUGAGCGGGGCGAUGUCUGCAGAGCCACCACAACGGCUGAGCCGCAAGAGACAGGUGGAGAUAGAGCUUCAGGGCAUGCAUGAGCAGACCUUUGCCCCCGGAACCCUCCUCGGGUCACCGACAAGACCCAAGAAGCGUUGCAGAAAGGCCGGGCCAGCCGAGCACGAGGAAACACUUGCUUUCCGUGGCCCCCUGACCCCGAACACGGACAACGUCAUCGAGUUGGACUAA